CCGCUGCCAAAGCAAGUCAACCCCCUCUUUCCCCAUUUCCUUGCGUCUCUUGCCUUCGCCGGCACGGAGGGGCACAAGAUGGGCUGGUCCGAUCUGCCCGCCGAUCUCGUCGCGGCAAUCGCCGACAGGCUCGCCACCGAGCUGGCCGACCUCGCGCGCUUCCGUUCGGUGUGCCGGCCAUGGCGGUCGGGCUCCGAGGCGCGCCUCCGCGUCCCUCGUCUUCUGAUACCGAUGAUGUCCUACGAGACCAGCACGGAACGCCUCGUCUGGUCCCUUGCCGACGACCGCCUCCGGGAGGCCCCCCUGGCCGGGGCGCGCGGGGGGCACUCCUUCUUCUUCGCCUCCCACCACGGCUGGAUCCUGACCGUCGUCGCCGGUGACGGCGACUUGAGGGCCACUCUGGUGUACCACUUCACCGGCGUCUCCGAGCAGCUGCCCCCCCUGCCCUCCUCGUUCUGUUGCGACGGCGGAGGGAAGGUGACCCUCGAUGGCCUGUCGUGGGAUUGGUCCCCGCAGGGCGUCGUGGUCUCCCCGGGCAAAGGCGCGCUCUUCUGCCGCCCCGGCGACGGAUCGUGGAGGAGCGUCGGCUGCCCUUCAGCUGCCGUCACCAGCGUCACCGCCUGCGACGGCGCGCUGUACCUAUUCGACAGGAAAACUCGCAACGCGACCGUGGUGGACGCCGGAACCUUGGCCGUGGCGGCCGUGAUCGAGCCCCCCGCGCUGGAGAUACCCAGGUGGGAACGGGAUGAAGUCGAGGCCAACCUCGUCGUGUGCCCCCACGAGCUCAUCCUCCUCGUCCGGUCGAAGCUCCAUCACCCGUGGUGCACCGGCUGGCCGAGGUUCUGCAAGGCCUUCCGUGCCGACCCCCGCGCGGUGACUGGCGGCCGGAGCCCGAGCUGGUCGGAGGUGGCGGGCAUCGGCGACCGCGCCGUGUUCGUGGACAACCUCCGCGCCUUCUGCGUUGGGGCCAAUGACCACAACGGGCUGAGGAGGAACUGCGUUUACGAAGCGAGCUCGUACCACGCAAUCGACGACGACUACGACUACAGUUUCGAUCGAUACGGGCGGAUGUACUCCGUCGCCGUACUCGACUUCGCCAACCACACGACGGAAAGCCUCAGUUUUGGAAGCCUGGUGAAGCUGUGGAGCGCUGGAGACGGACAAUGCUCUUCGUGGUUGAUGCCUAGCUAUACCUACUGAAGAAGUAACACGAGAGGGAACAGCGGCACAAUAGCCCUCCAAGGGCCAUGCCCCAGAGGAGGCGAGGAGCUCAUGAGCUUCGAUUGGCACACCACUCCGCCACUCCAUGUUACCGUCGCCACCAUGCGUCAUUGCGUCAAGGUCCGGACAGCAAUGGUGAAAUUAGAACGAAGGCUCGGCGCCAUCGCUGGGGAGUGGGGACAAUGUUGACGCCGCAAUUCGCUGCGGAAGGGAUGGAUUUCUGGGCCUUGCCGGAUGGCCCAAUUCUUGCGCACAGCAAGCCCGUGUAAGUGUAACCACGACAAGGCCGUGUAGACACGACCACUCUCCUCCUAUCGCGGUGCACUUGCCCCAGAAAGGUCAGUCCACACAAUCACCAGAAGUAACCGGAACGCUAGCAAUAAGCUAGCUCUCCGCUUAUAAAAAAAAACUGACUAGCUCUCUGCUCUGCUAGUUAGUAUAGAGGAUGAAUAUAGAGUACGAAUGGAUGCAGGAGAACUGUAUAUAAAGGAGAGAAUAUCGAUGAUCAGGAUGUAAUAUUUCUUUUAGAGGAUGAAUUUAGAAUAUGACGAGUGUAGACAGCCUAAGCUUUGAGUAAUGCUAGUAUCUACGGAAUUUGCUA